UAUCUUUUUCAACUUUCAUGUUUAGCGGUCAAGCCCGGCUUUACUUUUCUACAGCGAAACGUUGUCAAGUGGUGGACAGACAGCGCUAACGUAAUAUAUAGAAGAGAGAGCAAGUGGUCUUAGUAACCGUGCAUUGGACUUGGAGUCUCGAUUCUGGAGUUAAGUUCGUAACAGGCAGGCAGUCAAUCUCAGUAAAACAUUUGUAAUCGUUGACAGGUGGCAAGAAAGACUCAUCAUUUGCUUUACCACCAAUAUGAUUUCAGUGAUUGGCCUUUUCUGACACCGUCUUUCCACUGUUGGUGUGAAGUAUAAGAAACUAUAUUUGAUUUUGUAAUUUCAGCUCUCCUUACAUGUCCAGUUAACUUUGAGGCCAGCCAUUUCAUUGGGUACGUGCGUAGAUGCCGAUGAAGGUGGUUGGUUGGGAUAGCUAAAUUAGUUAGGUUUUAAGGCCCACCAAAAUCGGUCGGGCGCAGAUGCAGGCUAAUUCCAAAUGUCACGUUGCAUUUGUGCUGUUAACUUUGGGUAUAGCUACAGAUUAAGCAAUGACCCUUACUCAUGUUAACUAUAUUUGAUGGAGAGUUGUGUUAGUGUUGUCAAUGCUAAGUCGGCCAUUCACUGGUGUUGUAACUAGCUAGCAAGCGAUAACGUUACGCCGCUAGCUAACGUUAGCUACCAACAGCUGACAGGUCACCGGCAAACCUGCUUUGGCUUUGCGCUGGCAAACUCAGUAGCUAGCGAGCUAGUCGGGUAUCUAAAAUAGGUACCUAACUACGUAUUCUCAUGCAGGCCACGCAGAGAUUGCAUCUAGCUAACAAAAUUUAAAACCAGUUCAAUUGCCAAGUCUUGAAUUAGCCGUUGCUAAUAGCUAAAUUGGCUAGCUUGACAAAUCGCUCUCGUAUUUGGCUUCAUCAAUUUGCUACGCGUUAGCAACGGGACAAAUGUUAGGCACUCAAUGUAAACCCUUUUGUUGAGAAUUAGCUGGCUGAUCAAAUAAGAAACGACUGUUUACUCAUCUGGAGUCACUGCCCGGUCUGUGCAAUUAUGUCUAACAUUUAAUUGCUAACUUUUUGAUAGAAAUGAGCAAGCCUGUUAGCUGAACGCUUAGUUGGCUAUCUUGCCGUCUUGCGUGUGGCUACUUUAGCCUACGACAUAACAUUUCGCAUUUAUCAGACGACCUUGUUUGUUAGUUUAUUUUUGUAUAAGUCUAAAGGGAAAUGGCUGGUAACGCACUCAUUGGGGAUCCAAAUAAAGACACAGAAGAUGCCAGUGAAACUGACCUGGCGAAACAUGAUGAGGAUGACUAUGUGGAAAUCAAAGAACAGAUGUACCAAGACAAGCUGGCAUCAUUGAAAAGGCAGUUGACGCAACUCCAAGAGGGAACACUUCAGGAGUACCAGAAGAGAAUGAAGAAGCUGGACCAACAAUACAAGGAGAGAGUCCGCAAUGCUGAUCUCUUUCUCCAACUUGAGACAGAACAGGUGGAGAGGAACUACAUCAAAGAGAAGAAGGCGGCUGUGAAAGAGUUUGACGAUAAGAAGGUGGAACUGAAGGAAAACUUAAUUGCUGAGCUAGAGGAGAAGAAGAAGAUGAUAGAGAAUGAGAAAUUAACAAUGGAGCUGACAGGCGAUUCCAUGGAGGUGAAACCCAUCAUGACCCGGAAGUUAAGGAGGCGGCCCAACGAUCCCGUCCCCAUUCCAGACAAGCGGAGAAAACCUGCACCUGCUCAGCUGAACUAUUUGCUAACCGAUGACCAGAUCCUGGAAGAUCUGCGAAUACUGAACAAGCAGCUGAAGUCCCCUAAGCGUCCAGUGUCUCCGUCGUCUCCAGACCAAAUGCCCACCAUUCCAAUGGAGGCCCCCUCACAGCGCUAUGAGGCCCGCAUUGAAGAGGGAAAGCUGUACUACGACAAGAGAUGGUAUCAUAAGAGCCAGGCCAUCCACCUGGAGUCCAAGGAGAGCACCAAGAUCAGCUGUGUCAUCAGCUCAGUGGGAACAAAUGAGAUCUGGGUGAGGAAGACCAGCGACAGCACCAAGAUGAGGAUCUACCUGGGACAGCUACAAAGAGGAGCGUUUAUCAUCCGACGACGGUCGGCAGCGUAGAAACAACACCAUGCCCCUUCCCACUCUCUCUUCAUCCAUCCAUUCCUUCUUGUUCCUUUCAUUUUGUACGUGCAGUAUGUGGCUCCCCCCACCCCCUCAUCAUGUGGCUCCCCCCACCCCCUCAUGUGGCUCCCCCCACCCCCCCAUCAUGCGGCUCCCUCCCUCAUCAUGCCUACUGUGUGCUUGAGGAAGUCUUCUCAAUAACUUCCUGGUGUUUCAAUCAAUCAGGACCACAGGAGGGGAAGAAGGAUGCGUUCUGUCAGUGUCUUUUUAGCCAUCACCAAGCACACGUGGAAGCCUUUCUCCUUGCAACUUUUGGCUCAAAUAGCCCUUUAGGCAGUUGAGUAGACGUGCAAAGACUGGAUAGCCUUGGUAUAGCAAAUGUUGUCAUAGCUACACUAUGCCUUGUCAUAGGCUUAGUGACAUGAUUUCCAUUUUGCUUACGCCAUCCAAUGCUUCCAAAGGUCUGAAGGUCGGUGUUUUGAUUGGUCUUCCUUUAUAUACCUAACAUGGUUCUGUAAACAGUUUCAGUCAGCUGUGCCACUCAGCAUAAAUCAUAUGUCAUAUCUUUUCUUCAUCUUGACGUUGUCUGGUAUUGUUUCUUUCUGCUUCUGGUCAAUUAACAAUUUUAUAUUUUUUUCAGAAUAUAUUGGAUAGACUUUUUAAGGUUUUAAUUUUGUAUCUGUUUUAUUGACAUUAAAAGAGUUCAGUUAAACCGAAAUGUUGAAUACA